AUGGCUGAUUUCUUCCUCAGGGACACAAAGUGGAUGGAUCCACUACAGCGCUUGCCCGUCUACUUGAUGUUGUACCCGGUCCUCCAGUGGAGCAUUGGAUCCUGGCUCCUGAGUGAGGCGGCCCCCUCCGACGCCGCUGAAGGCGAUCUCGAAGCAGAGGAGGUGGAGUCUGUCGCAAGUUCCGACACCUCUCUGGACCUGCCGGAGCGCAAGCGCUGCCUGAGCCGUUUCGCUGACAAACUUCGGACCAUUCUUGAGAAGGCCUUGGUGCCACCAGUAAUUGGUGCCCUUCUGGGCCUUCUUGCUGGCUUCACUCCAGCCAGAGGCUGGCUGGUGGAUCUCAGAGACCAGGACAAUGAUGCUCCGUUGCAGUGGCUCUAUAGCGGGCUUUACAAGCUUGGUGAUGCUGCGGUACCGGUGAACCUUCUCAUUUUGGGGAGCUCUCUGGCCAAGGGCGCUGACUUCAAUGCACUUCCGCUGCGCGUGGGCCUGGCAAUUGCUGUCAGCAAGCUGAUCCUAAUGCCUGGCCUCAUGAUUCCCAUCGUGUAUGGGCUCAUUCGCAUCAUCCCGAGCAAGGAGUUCUCGCUGUGGCUGGUAGUCUUAGUGGUGUCGUGCACGCCCACUGCCAACAACGUGGCGGUGAUGGCCCAAAGUGGGGGCCAAAGCAAGGAAGGAAUGGCCACAGCAAUUUUCAUUCAGUAUCUGUUGGCACCCAUCUGUGUGACGCUGUCGUUGGCCGGCUUCAUACAGCUUCUGUCUUCUGAUUGGUUUCUGCCGCCCUCUUAG